AUGCAGAUCCCUCUAAUUCGCCUGCAAUGCGGAAAGGUCGGCAAGGACUCUGCUGCCGCCCGCUUCGCCUCUGCCACCCCCUCCGACUUCAGCAUCCAGGAAGAGAAGCCCUACGCCGAGCUAUGGAUGGGAACACACCCCAGCAACCCCUCCAAGGAUCUGCAAACCCAGCGCACUCUGCUCGACCUUGUACAGGACAAUGAAGCCUUGAUGUCCAGAGAGAUCUCCGAGAAGUACCAGAAGAAGCUGCCCUUCUUAUUCAAGGUGCUUUCCGUGAACAAGGCCCUGUCCAUCCAAGCCCAUCCCAACAAGAAGCUGGCCGCAAAACUGCACGAGAAAGACCCCAAGAACUACCCAGACGACAACCACAAGCCCGAGAUGGCACUUGCCAUUACUCCUUUUGACGGUCUCUGCGGCUUCCGUCCUCUAGCUGAAAUCUCGCACUUCCUCGACACUGUACCCAGCUUCAAGAGCCUGGUAGGAGAGGAGGAAGCAAAGAAGUUCCAAGAGACGAUCAAGGGUCAGGAAACCUCAGAAGAAGAGUCCAAGGAAGCAGAAAACAAGAAGGCUCUGCAGGCUGCUUUCCGCAGCCUGAUGAAGAGCAAGCCAGAAGAGAUUGAGAAGCACGCCAAGGACCUUAUCCAACAAGCAAAGGAUGAGGGUGACAAGUUCGCCGGUAAUGGCGGCCCUUCGAACAACGGCAAGGAACUUGCAGACUUGAUGCUCCGACUCCAGGGCCAGUUCCCUAACGACAUUGGCCUUUUCGUCACUUUCUUCCUCAACUACGUCAAGCUCGAGGUUGGCGAGGCCAUGUUCCUGAAGGCCGACGACAUCCAUGCUUAUCUCUCUGGAGACAUCAUCGAGUGCAUGGCCUCUUCCGACAAUGUCGUUCGCGCUGGCUUUACUCCCAAGUUCAAAGACGUCGAUACCCUUACCGAUAUGCUCACAUACUCCUACGCCCCCAUCAGCGAACAAAAGAUGUCUCCUGCAGACUACCCCUUCGUCACCCUGAACACCACUGCCUACAGCUCCAGCUCUUCUGCCAUUCUCUACGAUCCCCCAAUCGAGGAGUUCAGCGUCGUCAAGACUGACCUCAACAAGCCUGGUGCCAAAGCCACUUUCGAAUCUAUCGACGGCCCUAGCAUCAUCAUUUGCACGAAAGGUUCGGGAAAGAUCAGCGUUGGCCCCAAAGAGGAGGAAAUCAAGGAGGGUUAUGUCUACUUCAUUGGAGCUACUGCAAAGUGCGUUCUUGAGAGCUCUAGCGAUGAGCCUUUGGUUACUUUCAAGGCUUUCUGCGAGCUUAACGGCAAGGAGAGCAAGAUUUGA